AUGCAAUACCUGAUCCCAGGAGCUUCACGCUCUGUUGAAGGCAAAGUCAGUCCAGCGAAUGCCUUGAUGCUGAUGCAAUGCUUCCCUUCUGCCACUUGGGUGGGUUCGUGUUUGUCCAGCCCAGAAAGGCAAUCGGAUCCUCGGCUGUGUCGAAAACUGGCCAGCAGGUUGAGAGAAGUGAUCCUGCCCUCCGCUCUGUGCUGGUGCGACGUCACCUGGAACACUCCCCUACGAGGACAGGCUGAAAGAGAUGGGGAUGUUCAGCAUGGAGAACAGAAGGCUCCACGGGGAUUUGAGAAUGGCUUUUCAAUACCUAUAGGGGGGCUCGGCCCCCGGUGGCUGCCGCUGAACGGCUCUGCCCGCGGCGAGAGCGCCGCCGGGGGCCGCGGCAACGGUACGGGGCGCCGAGCCCGGCUCCGGAACCCCUUCUAUCCGCUGACCGAGGAGUCGUACGGUGCCUACGCCGUUAUGUGCCUCUCCGUGGUGAUCUUCGGCAUCGGCAUCAUGGGCAACAUGGCAGUGAUGUGCAUCGUUUGCCACAACUACUACAUGCGGAGCAUCUCCAACUCCCUGCUGGCCAACCUGGCCUUCUGGGACUUCCUCAUCGUCUUCUUCUGCCUGCCGCUGGUCAUCUUCCAGGAGCUUACCAAGAAGUGGCUCCUAGAGGACUUCUCCUGCAAAAUCGUCCCUUACAUCGAGGUGGCCUCCCUCGGAGUCACCACGUUCACGCUUUGCGCGCUCUGCAUCGACCGGUUCCGCGCUGCCACCAACGUGCAGAUGUAUUAUGAGAUGAUUGAGAACUGCACCUCGACGACAGCCAAGCUGGCCGUCAUUUGGGUGGGGGCCCUGCUGCUGGCACUGCCGGAGGUGGUGCUGCGCCAGCUGACCAAGGAGGACCCCGAGUACAGCGGCAGCCCGCCCGGGGAGCGCUGCGUGGUGAAGAUUUCCACCGCACUGCCUGACACCAUCUAUGUGCUGGCUCUUACGUACGAUGGGGCAAGACUCUGGUGGUACUUUGGCUGCUAUUUUUGUUUGCCGACUCUUUUCACUAUUACCUGCUCCCUGGUAACAGCAAGGAAAAUCAGGAGGGCGGAAAAGGCUUGCACUAGAGGGAACAAGCGACAAAUUCAGCUGGAAAGUCAGAUGAACUGCACAGUGGUGGCUUUGACCAUUUUAUAUGGGUUUUGCAUAAUUCCUGAAAACAUCUGCAACAUCGUGACUGCCUACAUGGCCACAGGGGUCUCUCGGCAGACUAUGGAUCUCCUCCAUCUCAUUAGCCAGUUUCUCUUGUUCUUUAAAUCCUGUGUUACACCAGUCCUCCUUUUCUGUCUCUGUAAACCUUUUAGCCGGGCCUUUAUGGAGUGUUGCUGUUGCUGCUGUGAUGAAUGCAUCCAGAAAUCUUCAACGGUGACAAGCGAUGACAACGACAAUGAAUACACCACAGAGCUGGAGCUCUCCCCUUUCAGCACCAUCCGCCGCGAAAUGUCUACUUUUGCCUCUGUGGGGACUCACUGUUAA